CUAGUCAUCGACGUUCGGACGAACUUGCCGUGGAGAGACUUUCGAGCUUAGUCAAUUAUUUUCAUCCUCAGUUACUUUCAACGAAAUCUCAAAUGAAUUAUUUCGUCAACCGCCAACCGGUCUACUUCUGUUUUAUACUCCUACAUAACUUAAAUUUUAUAUCAUCGAAAUCAAAAUGAAAAUCCAAACAGUAUUAAUUAAUUUAAUUUACUUUGAGUUCCACAAUAACAUUGAAAUCUAGAUGAAAAUUUAAUGUUGUGUUUUUUUUUUUGCUUCUACCAACUCGAAGAAUGAAAGACCGAAAAUUAAAGGAUCAGUUAAGUCAAACUGUUUGGUCUUAAAUUCCAUUCUAAUAUACGUACGUUUUUAUAAAAUACAUAGUCAGAUAUUGUGUUUGUUUUUAUGUAAAUGCUCUUAUCUACAUAUAGGAAUACAAAAUAUUUAUAAGAUUGUAAAUCAUCAUUAGUUGGCCUGUUAUUAACAAGAAAAUUGGAACUACAUAACCUAACACAAAAGCCGACACAGCAGACUCUUGUUCUUGUAUGUAUGAUUAAGCAGCCCUAACUAUUAAAAUGAUCAAGCAGCCAAAGAAUAAAUGGUAAGAAGACACUGUCAAAAAAAAAAAAAAAAAAAAAAAAAGAAGACACUGUCAACAAGGCGUAUUAUUAUUACUUUGACCAACUAAGUAGAGAAAAUUGAAGAUGUCGUUUCCUUAUCAAAGAGAAGUUUAGAAAAUUAAUUUCAUCUAGAUGGAGUUGUUGGAUCUGGUUUAUCUUAACCGAGACUGAUUUUAUUAGUUAAUCACUUGCGCUUACUCAUAUUUAUAACUAAACCGAGUAUUAGACCGGCAGUCGCCGUCCGACGGAACGAUGUAAUAAUUUGGACCGGGUCAAAACAUUUAUUCUUCAUCUAUGAUUUUGAGUCUUCCUAGAAGCUACAACUGCGCGUGUGAUCAUAUAAGAUUUCUUCGUCUAUAUAACACUUAGAGAUCAAUUCCAAAACAUAUCAAUCUCCUUCGUCUAUAUAACACUUCUACAUCACUUGAAUAGUUCUUCGACAGAUAACUCAGAGAUGGAGAAAACGAUCAAAACUCCAUUGAGAAAGCUAACAAGAAGAACAACAAAACGAUCCUGGAAACUAAAGCAAAAGCUCAAGCUGGCAUGGAAGUCUAUCAAGAUGCAGGUCAGGUCACAUCUACCGGGUUUCUUGUCAACCAAGAAACGCCUCACACACAUGAAAUCAAGAAAUCAAGAACAAGAAUUAGCCCAAGCGGCCAGGAGGAUCUGCAAAAUCUCAAACGACGCCACCAACUCUCUGGCUUAUCUGCUUCAGCUUCCAAAGUAUUCAGCCUCUGAUUUUCUAGACCGCGGCGAUAUGAUGACUCCAGCUGCGUCUCCAAGGGAAAACAUAUCCAAAGCGUGGCGUGAGCUUCACGGUUCCAAGAACUGGGAGAAUCUUCUUGAUCCUUUGCAUCCAUGGCUGAGGAGAGAGAUAACCAAAUAUGGAGAGUUCGUUGAAUCAGUCUAUGAUUCACUCGAUUUCGAUCCUUUAUCCGAGUUCUGCGGAAGCUGUAGAUACAACAGGAACAAACUAUUCGAAGAGCUUGGUUUAACAAGACAUGGCUACAAGGUAACCAAAUACAUCUACGCCAUGUCUCAUGUCGAUGUUCCCCAGUGGUUCUUAAGCUCAUCUUUGGGAGAGACAUGGAGCAAAGACUCGAACUGGAUGGGGUUUGUCGCUGUGAGUGGAGACAGAGAGUCGUUAAGGAUCGGUCGGAGAGACAUUGUUGUGGCGUGGCGUGGAACCGUGACUCCUACUGAAUGGUUCAUGGAUCUUAGAACUAGUAAAGAGCCGUUCGAUUGCAAAAGUGAACAUGGCAAGAAUGUGGUCAAGGUGCAAAGCGGGUUUUUCAGCAUCUACAACUCCAAAAGCGAGCUCACAAGGUACAACAAAGAAAGUGCAUCUGAGCAGACAAUGGAGGAAGUGAAGCGGUUAGUAAAGUUUUUUAAGGACAGAGGCGAAGAGGUGAGCUUAACCGUGACCGGUCAUAGCCUUGGAGGCGCGUUGGCUCUUAUGAACGCUUACGAGGCAGCCAGAGAUGUUCCGGAGUUAUCUGGUAAUGUUUCUGUGAUCUCGUUUGGUGCGCCUAGAGUAGGUAACUUGGCUUUCAAGGAAAGGAUGAACAGUUUAGGUGUUAAGGUGUUGCGUGUUGUGAACAAGCAAGACAUUGUCCCUAAACUUCCUGGUAUCGUGUUCAACAAGGUUCUAAACAAACUCAACCCCAUAACUUCGAGGCUUAGUUGGGUCUACAGGCACGUUGGAACGCAGCUUAAGCUCGAUGUAUUCACUUCGCCUUAUAUAAAACAAGAUUCUGAUCUAGCGGGGUGUCACAAUCUAGAGGUGUAUCUCCAUGUUUUGGAUGGCUUCCACCGCAAGAAAUCAGGGUUUAGGGUUAACGCCAGGAGAGACGUUGCCUCUGUGAACAAGAGCACUGAUAUGUUAUUGGAUCAUCUAAGAAUACCUGAGUGUUGGUACCAAGUGGCACAUAAGGGUCUGAUCCUCAACAAACAGACCGGUAGGUGGGUGAAGCCGGUCCGUGCGCCAGAAGACAUCCCCUCUCCAUUAUCGACCGGACCAAGACCAAUUUAUAGCUUAUGAAAAAUAAUAUAUUUCAAUUCCAUUUGUUCGUUUUUUGAAUGUUUUGUCUUUGUGAGUUCUGGUUACAACUUACAACAUUUGAAGUGAAUGUACAGAGAUCAAGUUGUGAAAGUAAUGUAUAUGGUUGCGUUUACAAUUCGAUAUUUCAUUAAACAAUGUAAACUUUACAAAGCGUAGACGCAAACGUAUAUUCCGUUUGAAUAAUCUUCUAAAACGAAAAUUUAUUGAAUAAUUUAUAGCUUAUGAGAAAUGAUUUUUUUUUUUCAAUUCCAUCUAUUGAUUCUUUUUUCUUCGUGUGUUUUGGUUUACAACAUUUGAAGUGAAUGUACAUAUUUUUUUUGAAAAAGGAAGUGAAUGUACAUAUAAGAUCAAAUUGUGAAAGUAAUGUAUAUGGUUGCGUUUACAAUUUGAUAUUUUCAUUAAACAUUGUAAACUUUAGCCAAGAAGCGUAGACGCAAACAUAUAUAUAUAUAUAUAUACUAGGGUCGGCCCGCCCUACGGGCGGGAUAUACUUUAAUUGUGAUCUACGGUUAUUAAGUUUUGUACGA